UACGAAUGGUUAUUUUGACAGGAAGUGUAGUGUUUCCAAAAUGGCUUUCUUACAGUGGAGGCGCUUCAAUUUUUUUGACAAAGAACCAGUCAAAGAUCCAGCAACAGAUCAAGUCUUUGACCUGCUUAAGGAUGUCAAUGUAUCAGCCUGUACCAGUGGACGCGGUCAGCUGGUUGUUGGUGAUUUUGAAGGAAACCUUUACUUCAUCAAUCGCCAAAUGGAACUUACAGCAUUUAAAGCCUAUGAGAUACGGGUUACUCAUUUACUGCAGUUAAAACAACACAAUUUACUCAUAUCUAUUGGGGAAGAUGAACAAGGAGUUAAUCCACUCAUUAAAGUAUGGAAUCUUGAAAAAAUGGAGCGUGGAAAUCCAACUUGUACCAGAUUAACCAGGGCCAUUCCAGGAAAUAAACCCACACCAGUUUCAGCUUUUUCAGUUCAUGAAAAUUUAAAUUUUAUGGCUGUUGGAUUUGAAAAUGGUGUAGUCGUUUUAUUCAAGGGAGAUGUUACUAGAGAGAGGCAUAGCAAGUCCCGCAAUGUUUAUGAGGGUACUAAAAGAGUGACAGGACUAGCCUUCAAAUCACAAGGAAAAGACAUCUUUCUUUUUGUAGUUACUGAAAAUAUCACUGUUUCAAUUAAUAUAACUUCUAAAGAUCAACAGAAUAUCCUUGAGAACACUGGUGCAAGUCCUGGUUGUAUUGUAAUGAGUGAUGCCAGUCAAGACAAUCAACUAGUUAUAGGAAGACAGGAUGCAGUUUAUUUUUAUCAGCCUGAUGGUAGAGGACCCUGUAUGGCAUUUGAAGGUAUCAAACUGCAGCUGCAUUGGUUUAGGGGAUAUUUGAUUGUUGUGGGCAAGGAGAGUAAAACAUUACCCAGAGCACCUACUUUAGGUCCUCAUGGAAUGGAGAUGAACACAGUUACAGUUUAUGAUAUUCAGAAUAAGUUUAUUGCUUAUUCUGCACCUUACCCUGAAGUUAUUGAUGUCAUGUGUGAAUCGGGUUCCAUUUUCAUUUUCACUGGAGAUAGAAAGUUGUAUCAGUUACAAGAAAAAGAUACCCAGAGCAAGCUGGAGAUGCUUUUUAAGAAAAACAAUUACACUUUAGCCAUCAGUUUAGCUAAAAGUCAACAGCUUGAUCAAGAUGGAUUAAUAGACAUUUUUACUCAGUAUGGUGAUCAUUUAUAUAGUAAGGGAGAUCACGAUGGUGCUAUUGAUCAGUAUAUUAAAACCAUUGGCAAAUUAGAGGCUUCAUAUGUUAUACGACAGUUUUUGGAUGCACAGCGUAUACACAACCUCACCAAGUACCUUCAGGCAUUACACAUGUCACAGACAGCAACAGAGGAGCAUACAACUCUGCUACUAAAUUGCUACACUAAGUUAAAGGAUGUUUCCAAACUGGAUGAAUUUAUCAUGACAAAGAACAGGGAAGUGGACUUUGAUGUGGAGACAGCUAUCAAUGUUUGCAGACAGUCUGGCUACUGCGCUCAUGCCUUGGCCCUGGCUGAGAAACACAAAAAACAUGAACACUAUUUAAAGAUACAACUAGAGGAUAUCAAGGAUUACCAGCGUGCUCUGCAUUACAUUGCAAAAUUGGACUUUGAAGCUGCUGAGAGUAAUCUCAAACAGUAUGGAAAGAUCCUUAUGAGCAAGGCUCCUAUUGAAACCACAGAGCUACUUAAAAAGCUGUGUACUGACUACAAACCUACAGACAAGCCUUUGAUUGAUCAGAACAGUUUAGAAGGUGGACAGCCUUCCAGAAUUCAAAAUGCAAAUGCUGAAUCAUUCAUCCAUAUCUUUGUUAACAAUUCAGCCAAGUUAACUGAAUUUUUAGAACACAUGAUAGAGGUUCAACCCAGCUCAUCCAAUUUAGUCUAUAACACAUUGUUGGAGCUGUAUCUUCACCACAUGGUCCAUGAAAAGGUCAUAGCUGUUAGAGUUGAAAGAGAAAGAAAAACAUUGGAGCUUCUGAAAAAUCCUGAUGCUAAUUAUGACAUCGACCAAGCUCUGAUACUCUGCCAAAUGAACAACUUUAAGGCUGGAAUUCUUUAUUUGUAUGAAAAGGCGCAUUUGUACCAACAGAUUUUAAGAUACCACAUGGACCAUUCUGAAUAUAUACAUGUCAUUGAAGCUUGCAAAAAGUUUGGCCAACAAGAUCCACAGCUUUGGGUUCAGGCUCUGUCUUACUUUGCUUGCAAGGAGGAUAACUGCAAACCCCAGUUAAUGGAGACACUGUCUCAUAUUGAUAAGAAAAACUUGCUACCUCCUUUGAUGGUGAUUCAGAUACUAGCCCACAACUCAACAGCCACUCUCUCUGUAGUCAAGGAUUAUAUAGUGCGUCACUUGCAGUUAGAAAAUGAUCAGAUUGCUGAAGAUGAGAGACUUAUAAAACAGUACAGAGAAGACACCGAUAAAAAGCGCACCAAGAUAGAGGACCUUAAGACAUCGGCUAAAGUGUUCCAAGCCAGCAAGUGCAACAUCUGCAGCCACUCUCUAGAACUACCUUCAGUUCACUUCCUGUGUGAGCCCCACUCUUACCAUCAACAGUGUUUUGAGAGUUACGCAGAGAAUGACAUGGAGUGUCCAGUCUGUGCACCUGAAAACAGAAAAAUUAUGGACAUAAUUAGAGCGCAAGAACAAUCAAGGGAUCUUCAUGAAUUUUUCCAUAAUCAGCUUGAGAGAGCACCUGAUGGAUUUUCUGUAGUAGCUGAUUAUUUUGGGAGAGGUGUUUUUAACAAGGUCACAUUAAUAACAGACCAGCCUCCUCGGACAGGAAGUGCAAGCUCAAGAUAAUCUCCUUAAUCUUGGGUUGAAUAGAUGUAAAUAAUCUGCUUGGUCUUAGAUUAACUUGAUGUGAAUAAUCAUUUUAAUCUUAGAUUCAGUGAGUGUAAAUACAUAUACAUGUGAUUAGUUCUUUGAAAGCAAACUAAAGUUUAUAUGAUUGUUCUUCAAAUGGUAUUUAAGCUGGGGCUAGGCUGUGUUAUACAAAAAAUUGUGAUUUAGCGAAACUUGAACUAGUCAGCACUGACUUUGAGGUACAGUUCUUGUCAUUAAUUUUGUUCAAAUACUUUGUUUUGUCUGUUUAUAUAUAGCCUGUACAUGAAUGUCUGUAGGAUUUCAAUAGAUUUGAAAUAUAGCAUUUGUAUUGUGUUUAAUUUGUAUUGAUAUCAAGAGAUUACAAGGGUUGUUGGAUUAAUGGCGUGGAAGUUAACUGGCUUGAAAGGUUACAAGUGUUAAUAAUAACGCAAGAAAUUUAUAUGAAAGGUUUACAUGGCAUGUGAAUAGCUUUUUAAUUUGUUUGACAUAAAUUAUGCGUUUGUUUAUUUUAAUGGCUUAAAGUGAUGUUAAAUCAAGCUGUACAUGAAUUGCUGCUAUGUUCAUUGCUGUGAAUAAAAUGAGUUUAAUGUUUUGGAGCCAAUAUGUGUACUUUAGUGUGAUAGAGAAGAGUUGUCUCAAAAGUUUGUGAUUGCUUUGAUAAACUUAGAUUUCUUUUUCAUCUUGUGUGGUCUUAUAAGCCAGCUAUUUACAGUGUAAGUCUUUCAUUUAAUAGCUGGACAUAGCUGUUGCUAGUUUGUAGAUGUUGGUGUAAUGCUACCUGACGUAGCUGUUGCUAGUUUGUAUGUUUUGGUGUAAGGUUACCUGACAUAGCUGUUGCUAUUUUGUAUGAU